ACGGAUUUGUUCAGAACACCUGUUAGCAUGCUGUGUUCAGGUUAGCCGGUGGAACCAGGUGAAAUAAUCCAGUCCAGGAUGUCUGGAGCAGCUCGGCUAAUGGAGACAGAAGAGGCGGGCCGGGCCAGGUGGCUUUACAUGAGAGCCAGAGUUGCCGUGGCGAUGGCCGUGAUAAAAGCCAAGCCCCCCGGCGCCAGCGGCCGAGACCACUGCGAGGCUUUGUCCCGCGGCUUGAGGAGGCUGGACCGAGGCUGGAGGAACAAAGCCCGGGGGCUGCAGCAGGAGGUGCUGAGGCUGCGGCAGGAGCUGCUCAUCACCACGGUGACGUCAAACACAAGGAGCAGCUCGCAGGUGACAGAAGACAACAUGGACGCUCUGUCUCAGGAUCUGUUUAGUCCAGGAAGUCUGGUGUCCUGUGCAGGUCCUCAGCUGGAUUGUGACUCAGAAACUCCUGAUCUGCUGCUGCAGGAUCCCCCCGUCCUCCCUCCUCCUCCUGGUCCCUGCGGGGGUCCUGGUGGGUCGUCGCUGCGUCCUCACGUGCACUUCCUGCUCUCGCUGUGCGCCCUGCAGCGCGCCGAAUGCAGCGGCGGCGCGGAGGCUCGCUUCUUCGGCCCCGACGGAACGGUGGGCUCAGUGACGGCCGACACCGUGUGCCACCUCCUCCGCUGCGUGGUGGCGGCCUGCCGGGACCCCCCGGCGCCGGGCUUGCCCCCUGACCUGGUUCUGCGGGCCUGCCAGGUGGCAUCCAGAGCUCUGGAGCUCCUCUGCGCUCCGAGGCGGCCAUCUGUGGAGUUGAUGAGACGUGUAGAAGAGCCGCUGAAGGAGCUGAUUCAGACGCUGCUGCUCAGCAAACGGGCCAGCAGGGCUGCAGGGAGGAUGGUGGAGUACCUGGUUGCUCUUGGGAGCAGCAGAAUAUUAAAGUCUUUUGUGAUCCGUCACAUCGUCUCAGAGAUCAGCAGUGUGGCAGAUCAGCUCUUGCAGGCCUCCCAGGAAGCCUCUGGGCUGGAAGUGUUUCCUGUGGACCGAUAUCAGAACUCGUGCCACCUGUUGUGGAUCCUGGAGGUGCUGCUGCAGAACUCAGAGGUGCCACUGUUGCCGGGUAACGCCAGCAUUGUUUGGACCGAACCAGCUGGUCGGCAUGGCGACCAGAACAACAGCAGCGGCGCGCGUUAUCGGUAAUCAUUAUUUAUUUUACAAAAAGCAGAACAAAAGGCAUAAACUGUGUGUGAGGACCUGCGGGGUUCUUAAAGGGACAGUUCAGGUCAUUUAAAGUGUUUUUAAUCACUUCCUGUUUUUAAAGCUGCUCAGUUAUUUUGAUCAGUAUUGUUUUAAUGAAAUUAAAUGUGUUCCACACGGUGAUACGGUCCUGUUUCUUUGUUGUAAUGUGGGCCGGUGCAGAAAAUAUUAAAGACAAAAAAAUAAAAUCAGCAUCACUAUUUGUAAUGUAACUCUGAAAUCUGUAUUUUACUUAAAAGUUUGCCUUUAUUUUUGUAACAUUCACGUUUUAUGAUAGAACCAGAUUGUUAAAGG